UAGGGUAUAUAUACUAAGUCCCUCCUCUAAGCGCUCAUUCCUGGAUUUGGUCAAAGGUAUAAAUUUGCUUUGACGAAGACUGAGCCGUCGAGGACCUUGAAGAACUCUCUUCAGUUUGAUGUUUUUUCUUCAAGUAAUGGACAUUUGAUUACUAUUUUUGCCUCCAGCUUCUUUCCGAAGGAAAGGCUAGCAUUUAGCUAUCAAAGCCCCACCCAUAAGUAUUUAAGUUGAUAUUAAAACCAUGAACUUUUACGACAUUAUAUUGAAAAAAGAACUAUAAGUGCCUGAUUAGCACACCAUAGUUUUCCCGAGACGCCGAGGACCUUUAGAAUCAAUAUGUGUGUUUCAGAAAUGGCGGGGGGACCGGUGGACCCCAGGGACAUUCUGAAAGGAGUCGAGUCUCUGAUGGGAAAGGAUGGGGAGCUUCGCAGUCUGGAAGGGGUCCCCAAAGUGUUCAGCCUGAUGAAAGCCUCCACAAAGAUGGUCAGUCGAUGCAUGUACCUCAACAUACUGCUGCAGACAAAGUCACAUGACAUUCUCAACAGGUUCAUCAGAGUCGGUGGCUACAGGCUGCUCAACUCCUGGCUCACGUACUCUAAAACCACCAACAACACCCCGCUGCUGCAGCUCAUCCUGCUCACGUUGCAGAAGCUGCCUCUCAAAGUGGACCACCUCAAGCAGAACAACACAGCCAAGCUGGUGAAGCAGCUGAGCAAAAGUGCUGACACUGACGAGUUGAGAAAGCUGGCCAGCGUUCUCGUCGAUGGCUGGAUGGCCACCAUUCGCUCCCAGAGUAUGUCUGGCUCUGCUGGCUCUCCAGCAGGCAAAAAGAAAAAGAAGGAGGAGACCAAAGCGCCGGUCAGGGAGGCCAAAGAGAAAAGUGAAGAAGAGAAGAAGAAGGAAAAACCCAAAGCUCACGCACCCAGCCAUGCAAAGAUUCGCUCUAUAGGACUGGAGAUGGAGGCCCCCAACCCAGCUCCAUCCAAGAAGACGCCUUCAGCCCCCGAGCUGGGAGCCAAAUACAACAUCAAGCCACCACUCCUCAAGAGGCCAAGCACUGCUGGUCCCUUCGACGCGCCACCUCUCGAGAAAAAGUACAAACCUCUAAACAUGCCGUCAAACUCAGCCAAAGAGAUCAAAGUAAAGAUUAUUCCCGCUCAGCCUAUGGAGGCCACAGGCUUCCUCGAUGCCCUGAACUCCGCCCCCGUGCCUGGGAUUAAAAUCAAAAAGAAGAAACCUGGUGCUUCAGGCGCUGCAAACAGCAAGGCUGUGUCUCCAACGUCCAACAAGGUGAGCCCCUUUGACAGCAAACCCACUGCAUACCCUUCGUCCUCAAAUAAGUCGCCAUCUCCAGAAGCGGCCACCUCCUCCGCUCCUGGAGAUGAGACACAGGAGCCGGAGCAGCCCGGAACGCCAGUCCCCGCCGACGAUCCAGAGGCUACUGACAAUGGUGAGAAACCUAACGCCCUGGCAGAACCACGAGCAGAAGAUGAAGGCCUGACUAAGAAGGGCAAGAAGAAGAAAACUGUGCACUGGGCAGAAGAGGAGCAGCUCAAACACUAUUUCUACUUUGACUUGGAUGAAACGGAGAGAGUCAAUGUCAACAAGAUCAAGGACUUCGGAGAAGCUGCCAAACGGGAACUGAUGAUGGACAGACAUACGUUUGAGAUGGCUCGACGGCUAUCCCAUGAUGCCAUGGAAGAAAGAGUGCCCUGGACGUCGCCAAGGCCGCUGAUGUUGCCCGGCAGCCUAGUGGCCCCUGGGGCUAACAGCACAGAGAAACUUACCCAGAGAGACCGGGAAAUGGGUAUCCUGCAGGAGAUCUUCCUCAGCAAAGAAAGUGUGCCUGACAGUCCACAUGAACCAGAUCCAGAACCGUACGAACCCAUGCCGCCGCGUCUCAUCCCCCUGGAUGAGCAGGACUCUUCUAUGCUUGAUGACACCUACGCUGAGCCCAUGGACACCACCCCACAGCAGGCCUCCGCCUUGUCCCAGAACGACAACACCAAACUGCCUCCCGUCAUCGCCAAGCUCAUGGUCAAAAUGAGCGGCCUUUCACAGAGCCCGCCGACCAGCAGCACGCCCAGCAAUGUCGCCACCCCGGCUGUGAACGUGCAGGAGCUGCUCUCUUCCAUCAUGGGAGCCACAGGGAGCCAAUCCACAGAGGAGCUGAUAAAGCAGCCUGACUUCUCUGACAAGAUCAAGCAGCUGCUGGGUUCUCUGCAGCAAAGCCAGAACCAGAACCAAGGCCAGACCGGACCGCCUCCAGUCCACCAGGGUCUGCUGGGCCACGGGCCGGGAAUGAACAACAUGAACAACAUGCACAACAUGCACAUGCAGAUGCCCAUGAACGGCGGUUACCCGCCCAACGGCGCCCCAGGCGGCCCCCGCUUUAACCACCCCCCACCCCCACACGCCCACGGACCACCUUUUAACGCGGGCGGAGGCCCACGCAUGAUGGGCCCGCCUCCGGGUCAGGGCAGAGGCGGCGGCGACAACAACUACUGGGGAGAGGAGUCGAUGAGGGGAGGGCCCCACAGAGGGGGGCACUUCCACAGGGGAGGCCGGGGUCGAGGAGGAGAGCCAGGCUUCAGGGGCCGAGGGCGAGGAGGCCCCCGGGGGGGACAUGGUAACAUGAACGACAUGUCCAAGAGGGCCGUGUGUCGCCAUUUUAUGAUGAAGGGCAGCUGCAGGUACGAGGGCAACUGUGCUUUCUACCACCCGGGUGUAAACGGACCCCCCCUACCCCCCAACCACCCUGCAAACCAACACAACCAGCACCCACAACACGGCCACUAGGUGGCUCUGGAGCCCACACUUACUUCAAAGCGGUGAACUUUGUGCUAUGAUUGUGGGAAAUCAGGAGGGAACAGAAGUUUCGCACAGAGGCAGCUGAAGCUGUGAAGGUCACGAGACUCCAGUGGUUUAUGGUCACUUUUAGAGGUGGGACUGAAACAAACGGCCUCAGGUGACACCUUCAACGGGAACUGUCUCUGCAGCCCGGUAGCUCUAACGCUGCAGGUUCAGUGCCGACCUCCAUGGAGCCUCCAACACUUUUUGUGUGCGCACAAAACCAAGACUUAAGCAGCAGACCUGCUGCAGGAUGUGUGUUUCUAUUACAACCAUGUUCCCACACACUGUCUGUUUCCUGAGCAGCUGGCGUUUGUCUGACAGUGUUGCAUUCACUGGAUCAAGUGUUUUCUGUGAAAACAGCCAUUUUGUCCCGUUUCUUCCGCAGGACUCAAGUGUUUCUUUUUUCUUUUUUUUUUUGAUACAGCCACUAAUUUCAAAAGCUCAGUUUUUUGUCAGAUUAAACUGUUUGAAUAGAGAAGACAUUCAUAUGUGCUCAUUUCAGUUGUUUUGUACUCAAAAGUAUUAAAUAAAUGUCUAAACAUAUGGAACGUUG